CUACUUUCUCUCUGACCAUUUUCUCUCAUCGGCGACUGAGUUUUUUGGCGAGAUUUGUCGUCGUUUUGCGUCUCCGGUUACCUUCUCUUUACCACCGUUGUUGAUUACUCUUCUAAACUACGGAUUCGCUGUUACAUGGAUCCAAGAGUACCGAAUUUUGCGAGAGGUGGUCGAUUUGCAGUGGUUUUCGCCGCUGGUGCAAAAUGUUUCAUUUGCAUUUCUGAAUCGUCCUCGUAGAAGACCUAAUGCUGUUCUCCGAUAUAGAUAUACAUAGAGGGAGAAAGAUAGCAAGGGAGGUACGUAACAAUGGCGCAAUCAUUGGAGCUUCUAAUACUUCAAUUCUUGAUGCCGGACGAUGAUGCGCGGCGGCAAGCGGAGGACCAAAUCAAGCGGAUGGUUAGGGAUCCGACGGUGGUUCCCGUACUUAUCGACCAUAUACGUACUGCAAAGACUCCUAAUGUCCGACAGCUAUCUGCCGUUCUCCUCCGUAAGAAGAUCAAAGGUCAUUGGCCCAAUCUUCUGCCUGAACUUCGCCAGGUCGUCAUGCAAUCUCUCAUUGAAAGCAUCGCUACGGAAAACAGUUCAUCUGUGAGACGAGCUAGUGCAAAUGCAGCAAGUAUCAUUGCAAAGUAUACAGUUCCACAUGGGCAAUGGCCAGACCUUCUUCCCUUUAUAUUCUAUUGUAGUCAAAGUGCACAAGAAGAUCAUAGAGAGGUGGCAUUGAUGCUGUUCAGCUCCUUAACAGAGACACUUGGGGAUUCAUUUCGACCAUAUUUUGUAGAUUUUCAAUUACUUCUACUCAAAUGCCUACAAGAUAAGAUGAGUAGUGUUAGAGUUGCUGCUCUCAAGGCAGUUGGAGCUUUUCUUGAGGCCACUCACGAUGAAUCUCAAGUGGUUAAAUUUUGCGAAUUUAUCCCAAGCAUAUUGCAUGUCUCACGACAAUACCUUGCUUCUGGAGAAGAAGACAUUGCCAUAAUUGCUUUUGAGAUAUUUGAUGAGUUGAUUGAAUUUCCAGCACCCCUUCUUGGAGAAUCAAUGAAAGCCAUAGUUCACUUCUCUCUUGAGGUUUGCUCAAAUUCAAAUUUGGAAUCCACCACUCGUUAUCAGGCUAUUCAAAUUAUUUCAUGGCUUGCAAAAUAUCAAUCCACUUCUCUUAAGGACCAGGAUUUGAUAGUUCCAAUCCUCCAUAUUAUGUGCCCCAUGCUUACAGAAGCGAUAAAUAGUGACGAAAAUGAUGAUCUGUCACCAGAUCGAGCUGUUGCAGAAGUUCUUGAUACUAUGUCUGUGAAGUUAUCAAACCAUGUUUUUCCAUUUGCUUUUGAGUUUGCUUCUGAAAGCAGUCAGAGUGUUGAUCUAAAGUUCCGAGAAGCUUCUGUGAUGCUUUUGGGGUUGAUCACAGAGGGUUGUUUGGAGUUGAUAAAAGGAAAGCUUGAACCCAUUUUGUAUAUUGUCUUUGGGGCUUUAAGAGAUCCUGAAGAGAUUGUAAGAGGAGCUGCUUCUUUCGCGUUAGGUCAAUUUGUCGAGUAUCUUCAGCCUGAAAUUAUAUCGCAUUACGAAGUGGUUCUCCCUCAUAUAUUUAGUUCCUUACAAGAUGCAUCUGAUGAUGUGAAGGAGAAAUCAUACUAUGCAUUGGCGUCAUUUUGUGAGAACAUGAGUGAAGAAAUCAUCCCGUUUAUUGAUCCUCUGAUGGGGAAACUACUUGUUGCUCUCCAAAAUAGUCCAAGAAAGUUACACGAAACAUGUUUGUCUGCGAUUAGUUCAAUUGCAUCUGCUACCCAGAAAGCAUUUCUCCCAUAUGUUGAAAGGGUUCUGGAACUGAUGAAAACUUUCAUGGUGCUUACAAAUGAAGAGGAGCUGCGUUCACGCGCAAGGGCUACUGAAUUGGUGGGGAUAGUUGCAAUGAUUGCAGGAAAGGACAAAAUGGAAUCGGUUUUACCAUUUUUUAUUGAAGCUGCAAUUUCCGGGUAUGGGUUGGAGUGUAGUACACUUCGUGAGUAUACUCAUGGAUUUUUUAGCAAUGUUGCAGAAAUUUUGGCAGAUGGAAUGGUUCAGUAUCUUCCAUAUGUUGUACCUUUGGCACUCUCUUCUUGCAAUCUUGAUGAUGGAUUUGCUGAUAAAAUUGAUGAUUCUGAUGAGGAUGAAGAUCUUAUUGGAUUUGCUGCAGUUUCAUCUGAUGAUGAAUCCCAAGAUGAACCUAGAGUACAAAAUAUCAAUAUAAGAACUGGUGUUUUAGAUGAAAAGGCUGCUGCAACUCAAGCCCUUGGUUUAAUCGCCUUUCAUACAAAGAGUGCCUAUGACCCAUAUUUGGAAGAGACCCUGAAGAUUAUGGUGAAGCAUUCCAUCUAUUUCCAUGAAAAUGUUCGACUUCAGGCCAUGGCUGGUUUGAAACAUACUGUAACAGCUGCUCAUGCCUGCUUACAAUGUCAUGAUGAUGGAGAAUCCCAGAAAAAACAAAUUCUUGAUUCUGUGAUGAAAAUUUACAUCAAGACGAUGAAUGAAGAUGAUGACAAGGAUGUGGUUGCUCAAGCUUGCAUGAGUGUAGCACAGAUCACCAAGGAUUUUGGAUAUGUUGCAGUUGAAUCUCACAUGCAUAAGCUUGUGGAGUCAACUGUGGCAUUGCUGUGGCAAAACUCAGUAUGUCAGAAAGUAAAAUCUGGCAUUGAUAUUGAAGAUGAUGAUCAUAUUCAUGGACAUAGUGAAAUGCUCAUGGAUGCUGUUACAGAUCUUCUUCCUGCUUUUUCCAAGGCCAUGGGUUCCGACUUUGCACCUUUCUUUGAACCUCUAUUUGAUCCACUAAUGGAUUUCUUGAAAGAAUCAGACUCACCACAAGAUCGGACAAUGGUGGUUGCAUGUCUUGCUGAAGUUGCUCAGCAUAUGGGCACUGCAUUUUCUACCUAUGUAAAUACUUUAAUGCCUUUGGUACUUAGAGAAUCAGAUUCACCAUCAGCAACCAAUAGGAGGAAUGCUGCAUUUUGUGUUGGAGAAAUGUGCAAGAAUGGUGGCGAAUAUGGUCUUAAAUACUUGGAUGAUGUGUUGCCAUGUCUCUUUCUCUUGUUUGAAGAAUCUGAGAAAGACCAUGCAGUAAGGGACAAUGCAGCUAGUGCAGUUGCAAAGAUUAUUAUGGCCCACCAGAACUCUGUCCCACUAUAUCAGGUCCUCCCUAUACUCCUCAAAGUUCUUCCUUUGAAAAAAGAUUAUGAGGAAUCCAUCCCUGUUUAUAACUGCAUUUGCAACCUUGUUUUAUCAUCCAACCAACAGAUCCUUGAGCUAGUUCCGGAUUUGGUUAUGGUAUUUGCAGAGGCAGCCAUGUCACCACUCGAAACACGUGAACUGCUAUUUUACCAAAAAGUUUUUGGCCAUCACUCUCCUAGGAUAACCAUCAUUUUAGACCAGGUUUUGGUGUACAGCUUUGAAACAUCAUCAUUUUCCAACAGAGCCAUAUAUUUCAUCUAUUCCCUCGUUUGGUGCAAGGUUUACUAUGGAUCACAAAUCAAGAAGUUAAUCAACCACAUAGAAACACGUGAUAUCGGCCCAAGACUCUUGGGCAUUGAGAACACCGCAUCACCAUCCCUAAAGCUUAACCGAUUUGUUUGGCUUUGA